AUGUCAGAGGAACAGGAUCCAUUGAUGGCAGCCAUAAAUGGCAGUGAAGCGGCUAAGGAAGAACUGCAGAGUCAAUCUGAACAGCCAGUUCCUAAACCAGAAGUUGUUGAUCCAGAACAAGAAGCACGUAAGAAAGCAUUAUCUCAGUUUAAAAAGAAGCUAUUGGAACAUAGACGUUAUGAUGGUCAAUUAAAGCAAAGAAGACAAGAUAUACGAGAAUUGGAAAAGCAAUAUGAGAAAACGGAGCAGGAUAUAAAGGCUCUCCAGUCCAUUGGGCAAUUGGUUGGGGAAGUGAUGAAGGAACUCUCGGAGGAGAAAUAUAUUGUGAAGGCAUCUAGUGGACCUAGGUACAUUGUGGGGGUGAGAAACAGUGCGGAUCGGUCAAAAUUGAAGAAGGGUGUUCGUGUAACGUUGGAUAUUACCACGUUAACAAUUAUGAGAAUCUUACCUCGUGAAACAGAUCCAUUGGUGUAUAACAUGACCACUUUUGAACAAGGUGAAAUAUCUUUUGAUGGUAUUGGUGGUUUAACAGAGCAGAUCAGAGAGUUGAGAGAAGUGAUUGAGUUGCCAUUAAAGAAUCCCGAAAUUUUUCAAAGGGUGGGUAUUAAUUCACCAAAGGGGGUUUUAUUGUAUGGCCCACCUGGUACUGGUAAGACUUUGCUUGCAAAGGCGGUAGCUGCUACUAUUGGGGCCAAUUUCAUCUUUUCCCCUGCAUCAGGCAUUGUCGAUAAGUACAUUGGUGAGUCUGCACGUAUUAUAAGAGAGAUGUUUGCAUACGCCAAGGAACACGAACCGUGUAUCAUUUUUAUGGAUGAAGUUGAUGCCAUUGGUGGGCGUAGGUUCAGCGAAGGUACUUCUGCUGACCGUGAAAUUCAGCGUACUUUGAUGGAGCUAUUAACGCAGAUGGAUGGUUUUGAUAACUUGGGUCAGACCAAGGUCAUUAUGGCUACUAAUAGACCGGAUACAUUAGACCCCGCGCUAUUAAGACCUGGUAGAUUGGAUAGAAAGAUAGAAAUCAGUUUACCUAAUGAAGCAGGAAGAUUAGAAAUCUUUAAGAUUCAUACCGCUAAGGUUAAAAAGACUGGGGAGUUUGAUUUUGAAGCCACCGUAAAAAUGAGUGACGGAUUUAAUGGUGCGGACAUUCGUAAUUGUGUGACCGAAGCUGGUUUUUUUGCAAUUAGGGAUGAUCGUGAUUACAUUAUUCAAGAAGAUCUAAUGAAAGCUGUGAGGAAGGUUGCAGAGGUCAAGAAAUUAGAGGGUAAAUUGGAAUACCAAAAACUCUGA